AUGUCUGCCCCUUCUACCUCAACCCUGGGUGAUGCAUCCUCCUCUUCCACGACCUCUACAACUACUAUUGGUUCAUCUACCAUCGCCACAACUAUACCAGCCCAUAGCUCUGGCUGGACUGCAAAUCAUCUGUAUCUUAAAUUAGGGCACUUGAUUCCAGAUGGUGCUGUAGAUGGUAUCAGUCAGAUAGCAACAAGGAUUGAAUGCGCCGUCAGGUGUUCAUUGGUGACCUGCCAAGUGUUCACCGUCGAGCCAAUCGCCCCAACUGGCUUCCUCUGCACCACCUUCACCGGCGUCCACUCCCUCGGCUGGAGCAGUGGCACGGCCAGCUUGGCUUAUUUCGAUGAGAGUCAAGCUUUUGCGCUUCAUGGCAACGAAACAUGCCUUCACGAGGCGGUGACGAUGGCGGGCGUGUUGAGGGUGAGCCCGACGCACGACGAGGACUGCGAGUGGGAGAUGGCUGUCAGCGAGGGCGGGAAGGUCGUCCUCGUGUGGGUCGACUUUGAUACUGAAAAAGGGUGGGACUUCGUUAGCAUCUCUGAUCCUUGCGUUACUCCACUGUCCUGGAUCCACUACACAGGGACCGUCCUCCCGCCGCCGUUCACCUCCUCCUGCGACAGGAUUCGGCUCCGACUGCGCACAGAUAGAUCCGGUGCCUCGAAGGGUUUUGUCGCCGCGCUCUCCGAGUCACGUUUCAAUGCGAAAUGA